UCCUCUUCCUCGCAUCCUUCUCUCACUCUUGAAGACAAAAACAACCGCAGGAAACAAUGACGGACCAGGUGAGCCAGGAGUCCUACACCGUCCCGGAGCCCACCGUGGUGGAUCCGUGCCCGGCCGGGGUGGGGAACGGCCAGUGCGCCCCGGAUGGCUUCAGCAACCACAGCCUCCACCUCCAGCAGCAGCAGCAGCAGCCGCAGCAGCAGCCGCAGCAGCCGGACAAGACCCCCACCGAGCCCGAGAGCUUCACGGUGGGCCAGGAGAUGAAGAUCACAGACAGUGUGGAGGGAGAAGGUCUCCUGGAGAGCAGCAUGCGUCUGAAGCCCCACGAGGCUCAGAGCUACAGGAAGAAGACUCUCUGGGUCUGUUGGAUUUCCAUCGUGGUCACACUCAUCCUGGCGGUGGCAGCUUUCACUGUAUCAUUCAUGAGACACAGCGCGUCGGCCUUCGGAUUUGCCUUUGAUGCCACGUUGGACGUCAUGUCGUCAUUCAUCGUGCUGUGGCGCUACAGCAAUGCAGCGGCUGUGCACUCAGCACACAGGGAGUACAUAGCGUGUGUCAUCCUGGGCAUCGUGUUUGUUCUCUCCUCCCUGUGCAUCCUUGGAAAGUCCAUCCACAACCUGGCGACCAGGAUGCCUCCAGAAGUGGAUGACUUCCUCUACAGUGUGUCCAUAGUGAGCGGGUUCACAUGUGCUGUGCUCGCUGUGGCCAAGUUCAUGCUGGGAAGAGUGCUGACGAGUCGGGCACUCAUCACUGAUGGGUUUAACUCCUUGGUCGGAGCUAUCAUGGGAUUUUCCAUUCUGAUGAGCGCCGAGGUCUUCAAGCAGCAUCCUGACGUCUGGUUCCUGGACGGCACCAUCGGAGUACUAAUUGGACUCAUCAUUUUGGCGUACGGAGCCAAGCUCCUGAAGGACAUGGUGCCUCGCGUCAGACAGACGAGAAACUACGAGCGCUUUGAGUGAGAGAGGCCUGGCGAGCAGGUUUCCACACACACACGCAUACACCCACACACCCGGGUGUCUCCCGACCCUCUUCCCCUCUUUUCACCCAUCGACAUCCAAAUCCAUGUUUCACUUCCACAUCCACGCGGACUGUAACACCCUCAUGCCCCCCCCAUACGUACAAAUAUGUGAAUAUAUAUACAUACAUAUAUACACAUAUGCUGUAUAUAUAUAAAGUGUACAUAGUGCUUUCAUACAUGCAUCGGAGAGACUCGCAGAGAAAAAGGACAUGACUGAAGAUCAUCUCCUGGAAAGAAAGCACUUCAAAGAUUUACUUACAUUUCUCCUCUCCUUCACUUUUAGUCCAUCCAUGCACCCGUUUUGAAAGUGUACACUCGGAAUAGGCGCAAGAAAAGAUGUAAAACCCGUAAAAUGCUUAAUAUGUGUCUAUUGAAGCUAUACAAGCACAUCCUGGUGGAAAUGUUAACGCCU